AUGCACUACGAGAGCAACAAUCAAAACCUCUAUCAAAGUGGCAAGCCUAAUGAUGUGGUCGUAGUGGACGCUGGAGCUGAGUGGAACUGCUAUGGCGCCGACAUUACUCGAACUCUUCCUAUCUCUGGCAGAUUUACCCGCGAAUCACGCGCGAUCUAUGAUAUCGUGCUGGAUAUGCAACAACAAUGCAUUGCAGAAUUGAAGGAAGGGGUGUUGCGGGAUGAUCUGCAUGUAUUGGCACACAAAGUUGCGAUUGAUGGUCUCCUAGCCCUUGGGAUCUUGAAAGGGGACAAGGAUGAGAUCCUGAGAGAAAGAAUCAGCACUGCUUUCAUGCCCCACGGACUUGGCCAUUUUCUGGGCAUGGAUACACAUGAUACCGGAGGUCAAUGCGACAUGACUGAUGACAAUCUCGAUCCCAUGUUCAAGUACUUGAGAGUCAGAAGACUUCUACCUGCGGGAUGCAUUGUCACGGUGGAACCAAGCAUACAGUUUAACGAACAUGUGAUUCGGCCUCUUCUCCGUGAUAACAGACUCUCAAAGUUCAUUGAUGAAAAGGUAUUGAACCGAUAUUGGGAUGUUGGGGGCGUAAGUAUCGAAGAUGACCUUUUAGUCACGGAGUCUGGCAGCAUGAACUUAACAGAUGUACCCAAGGAUCCAGAUGAAUUGGAGAGAAUCUUGUCAGGAGUGGCUGCAGACUCGUGA